UGCAUCCCUCCACUCGUUUUACGGCGGGAGCGUCUGUGGCGGGAGUUAUGGCGGACGACGGAAAAUUUUCGGAAAGUGCGCCUUCAACGUCGAUUGACCUUCAGGAUGAAAACAGUGUCACACUGCAGGACGUCCUCGAUGAAGAGCAGGAGCUUGAGGACGAUGCUGACGCCGUUUUGGGUGGCAGCGACGACAAAAACUGCACCUACGAUCAGGGCUACAUCAAGCGGCAAGCCCUGUACGCAUGCGGCACCUGUACGGGACCGGAUUCCCAGCCGGCAGGAGUGUGUUUGGCCUGCAGCUAUGCCUGCCACGAGGGACACAACCUCUACGAGCUCUACACCAAGAGGAACUUUCGAUGUGACUGUGGGAACGCGUCCUUCCCUGCAAACAACCCAUGCCGCUUGUGCCCGAGAAAGGCUGUCCGGAAUGACGAGAACAAGUACAACCACAACUUUCACGGCGUCUACUGCACGUGCAAGAGGCCGUACCCAGAUCCUGAUGAUGAUGUGGAAGAUGAAAUGUUGCAGUGCAUCAUGUGCGAGGACUGGUAUCACGGACGGCACAUUGGCGGCGACAUGCCACCGAACCGGGACUACUACGAGGUUGUGUGCAACGGCUGCAUGAGCAAGCACCCUUUCCUUCGGUGGUACUUUCGCAGGCAUGCCUGGCUCCCCUUCGCAGAAAUGUCACUCUUGGAGAAGGAUGCAAGCCUGUGCGAGGAUGCCACGGAAAAGAAGCAGGCAGAGGAAAGUUCCUCGGCUUUGGCAACUACGACGGAGAAUGGGAUCAAAGCAGAAGGAAGCGUAGAAAACGGCGUGGGCACAUCUCGUGAGAACGGCACCGUUGCCACGGACUCGACAGCCAAAGAAGAGCAUCCCAGCCAGCCAACCGCUGGAUCCAGUGGCUCUCGUGACGAGGUCAAGGUUGAAAAGCUGGCUGGGGAAAGCGGCCUGCUGUCCUCAGUCUCGCAGUGCAUCCUGCAACGCCUGCAAAGUAACACCGACGAUGUGAAGGAGGAGCCUCAGAAUGAGUGUGCCUACUGGCCACGCGGAUGGAGGUCGCGGCUGUGCCACUGCAUAAAGUGCUUGGCCAUGUACAACGAGCAGCACUGCCUGUUCCUGUUGGACGAAGAGGACACGGUCCAGUCGUACGAGGAGAAAGGCAAGGCAGCCCGUGCCCAGGCGCCCAUCGGUGACCCCCUCAUGUCAGCCCUGGGAACGUUGGGACGGGUCCAGCAGAUCGAAGCCAUUCAUGGCUUCAACAAUCUCAAGACGGAGCUUAUCGACUUCCUGAAGAAGUUUGCCGACAACAGGAAGGUCGUGAGAGAAGAGGACGUUCGGGAAUUCUUCAGCGGAAUGGAAGCCCGCAAGCGCCAGAAGACGUCUGCAGUUCAGUAUUUUUGUCGGUAGAUGAGUGCCUCGCGUGGACUGCACUCUUGUGUUCAUAUGUGACUGAUGGCGACGCGUUGUCGCUUGUUCGUGUAACUCUGUGUUCAUGUACAUGCGUUUUAUCUUUGACAUUGAGUAAAUACACCAGGACGCUGCCGCCUGUAGUGCACGUUUUUGGGGCAACAACUGUAUAUUCCCACCGUUGCAUGUCGUGCAUGAACACAUACAACAAGUUGUGGCAGUAGCUGUGCAUACAUAGUAGGAUGUCUGCAGAAAUAAAAAUGUUGUGUGCAAACAUUCGCAACUUG